AUGGGAAACUGCAACAACUCGACUGUGGAGGAACUACAAGCUUGUGAGAGUCAUCAGUGGUACAGAAAAUUCAUGACCGAGUGCCCAUCUGGACUCCUCACCUUCUACGAGUUCAAGAAGUUCUUUGGCCUGAGGAAUCUGUCAGAGACAUCAAAUGCCUACAUUGAGACUAUGUUUACAACGUUUGAUAUGAACAACGAUGGCUUCAUUGAUUUCAUGGAGUAUGUGGCCGCUCUGAGCCUGGUGCUAAAAGGAGGAGUGCAGCAGAAGCUCCGCUGGUACUUCAAACUGUAUGAUAUUGAUGGAAGUGGCUGCAUCGACCGUGAAGAGCUGCUUCUGAUAAUUAAGUCUAUCCGCGCGAUCAAUGGAGUUUCUCAUGAGAUGUCAGCAGACGACUUUGCCAACAUGGUGUUCGACAAGAUUGACAUCAAUGGAGAUGGUGAACUGUCCUAUGAGGAGUUCAUGGAGGGGGUCCAGAAUGACGAAAUGCUCCUGAAGACGCUAACAGAGAGUUUGGACCUCACACACAUUGUCCAAAAGAUUCAAGGAGAGAUAAGGGCCAACACUUAG